CUGGGAAGAAGGGGAUCCUACAGGACCAGGGAGACUCUACAAUCUACCUCUGUCUGUGGAAGAAGAAAAGAAAAGAAAAAAAAAAAUAAUAACUACAAACUCCGCUAAACCUACUUUUCCUCUCGUCCAGAUACACACUUUUUGGCCGCAGCAGACAGCCGUGCAGCACAAGCUGGAGCGCGUAUAUACAUUUGUUUUAAUUUUUUAAAAUUCCCAAACAAAAAAGGAGAGUGCUGCUGAUCUGCGACGAAGUCCGGGCUGUCAGGCUUUCGGAGAGCGGAGGUCUGCCUGAAUUAUCCGCACGGACUGUGGAGGAAGUUUUCCAGCCAGAAGACAAAAUUCACAACACAAACAUGAAAACUGCGCUGUUUGGUGCUCGCUGUGGGACUUGACGGGAUUUCCCCCCCUUUUUUCGGUCUUUCUCUCUCUCUUUUUCCCCCCACGCUAACGUUACGCCACGCAUGCCACAACCAUCGAGUCAGCAGCAAACGGCUCCUAAAAAAAAAAAAAAAAAGGAAAAAUCUCUGUGAAUUAACUCACAGGUCACUUUUAUUAAGAUUUUCAUGCAUGUGUCUUUUCUAUAUUUUAAGAGUGAAAAGCAUUGCGGGCGAGUGGCCACGCGUCGCAUUUCUUUAAGUAAAAAUUGCCAGACAGGGCUGCUGGAAAGCGCAGCAAACUUCACUUGUGGCCUGAGCUGGAGCGGAGCAGAAGCCAGGCUAGCUAGCUCAACUGUAGCACCAGCGCUAGCUGCUUCUCAACCAACAAGGCUGUUUUUGCUCUUUGUUUUUAACAACAUGGACAUACCGAGCUGGGCCAGCAUAACAACCAAAAAUCACUUAGAGUCAUAACAAGAACAUCUACACCCCGUGUUGGUGUUUGUUGAUGGUGGCUCCCCCCCCCUCCCAGUGAGGUGGCUAACUUUAGCAGCAGCACCGCUAGCUUGUGUUUGACUGUGCACGUUGGUUGGGCUCGUUCCUCCGCCCAUCUUCCGGGAUGUCUUUUAUUUAUUUUUGUUUACCUGUUGGCUCACGCCGCAAAACAAAACCAGUUUCCUGAAAGUAUUUCCCUCUCCAGUGCGAACUGUCCUCCUCGCCGGAGGUUUUAUUUUUCUGAAUUUGACGCGGAGCAGCGCUGCAUGGUGUCAGUAAUGUGGCUCCGGACUUUGGGGUUUGUUUUGACCGCGGUCUGCUUUGUGAUGAGCUGUCACGGAGCGGGUGCAGAGAUUUGUCCAAGCAAGGACAUCCGCAACAAUGUGACCAACCUGCAGACGCUUGAGAAUUGUACUGUGAUCGAAGGCCACCUGAAGAUCUUGCUCAUGUUCAGGACCAGACCAGAGGAUUUCAAAGGCCUCAGUUUCCCCAAACUAACAGUGAUCACUGACUAUCUGUUGCUCUUCAGAGUUUAUGGCUUGGAGAGCCUCAGUGAGCUCUUUCCCAACCUGACGGUCAUCAGAGGCAACAACCUGUUCUUCAACUAUGCCUUGGUUAUGUUUGAGAUGCUCCAGCUGCGAGAGAUCGGCCUCCAUAGCUUGAUGAACAUCACCAGAGGAUCUGUGAGAAUUGAGAAAAAUCCAGAUCUCUGCUAUCUCUCCACUUUGGACUGGUCCAAGAUCCUGGACUCGGUGGAGGACAACUACAUUGUGGCCAACAAGAAUGACAGAGAGUGUGGUGAUGUGUGUCCAGGGGCGUCAGUCGGAAAAACCACCUGCCAGACGACCACCAUAAACGGACACUUCAGUGAACGCUGCUGGACCCACAACCACUGUCAAAGAAUGUGCCCCGCUCAGUGCAAACAUCGGGCCUGCACCAAAGAUGACCAGUGCUGCCAUGACCAGUGCCUAGGCGGCUGCCUGAUACCUGACUCAGCCAGUCACUGCGUGGCCUGCCGUGGCCUCCAGCAUGAAAGCAACUGUGUGCAACGCUGCCCUGAAAACCACUUCACCUACAAGGGCUGGCGUUGCGUCUCGUUCGAAUUCUGCCAGGAUCUACAUGAAAGAUGUAAGAGAGAGAAGGAGCGCAGCAAGAAUGCUGACUGCCACGAGUACGUCAUCCACAACGGCGCCUGCAUCCCCGAGUGUCCCUCCGGCUACACGACCGUCAACUCCUCCUUGCUCAACUGCACUCCCUGUGCAGGGCUCUGCCCCAAGGUGUGUCUGGGUCUGAAAAUUGUGGACUCCGUCACUGCUGCCCAGGAGUUAAGAGGCUGCACCAUCCUCAAUGGGAGCCUGGUCAUCAACCUGCGUGGAGGAAACAACAUAGCUGCCGAGCUGGAAGCCAGUCUGGGCCAGUUGGAGGAGAUCACUGGCUACCUGGCAGUGCGACGUUCCUACGCCCUCGUGUCCCUUUCGUUUUUCCGGAAACUCCAUGUUAUUCGUGGAGAGGAGCAGGACAUCGGAAAUUACUCCUUCUAUGCGCUGGACAACCAGAACCUGCGGCAGCUCUGGGACUGGUCCAAACACAGGCUGACCAUCCUGCAGGGGCGCAUGUUUUUCCACUACAACUCCAAACUCUGCAUGUCUGAGAUCCGCAAGAUGGAGGAGGUGACGGGAACCAAAGAGCGGCAAGUCAAGAACGACAUCGCCUCUAAGACCAACGGAGACCAGGCUUCGUGUGAGAACCACGUGCUCAAGUUUACCCAGAUUCGAACUAUGAGUGAUAAAAUAAUGAUCAAGUGGGAACCUUUCUGGCCAAAAGACUUCAGAGACCUGCUGGGCUUCAUGGUGCUCUAUAAAGAAGCACCAUUUCAGAACGUAACGGAGUUUGAUGGGCAGGAUGCUUGCGGGUCCAACAGCUGGGUGAUCGCUGACGUUGACCCUCCACGGCGAGCCACAGAUCAAAUUGAACCAGGUCAUCUCAUCUUCCCUCUAAAGCCGUGGACGCAGUACGCCAUUAUGGUGAAAACCCAACUCUCAGCCUCGGAUGAGAACCAGGUCCACGGAGCCAAGAGUGACAUCAUCUACGUUCGCACCAACGCCACAAAACCGUCAGUCCCACUGGACCCCAUUUCUUCCUCCAACUCCUCCUCCCAGAUCAUCCUCAAAUGGAAACCUCCCAAUGACCCCAACGGUAACAUCACUCACUACCUGGUCUUCUGCCAGCGUCAGCCUGAGGCCAGCGAGCUCUACAAGUUUGACUACUGCCAGAAGGGGAUGAAGGUGCCAUCACGGGUGCCCACUCAGGUGGACAGUGACGAGGAGCAGAAGUGGAACCAGACAGAGGAGCAGGGCCAGGGGACACGAUGCUGCGCCUGUCCCAAAACCGAAAAGGAGCUCAAGAAGGAAAAAGAGGACUCGGAGUACCGCAAAACUUUUGAGAAUUACCUUCACAAUGAAGUCUUUGAGAUCAAACGCGCGAGGCAACGACGUGCUGUGAUGGGCAUCGCCAACCGAACGCUGCCCUUCCUGACCACCGCCCCCAGCCCUCCUGCCGGUAUGACCGUCCCUGUGGACGAGGAUGAGGAAACCUUUGAAAGCACCAAGACUGUGGUCACGGUCCAUGCCAAGGAAUCCACUGUUAUCUCCGGCUUGCGCCACUUCACCAGCUACCAGAUUGAGGUCCACGCCUGCAACCACCCGAACGACCCAGCCCGCUGCAGCAUGGCGGCGUAUGUCAGUGCCCGCACAAUGCCUGAAGACAAGGCCGAUGACAUCUCGGGUCUCAUCAAAUGUGAGGUGACAGAGAACACGGUACACAUCACCUGGCAGGAACCGCAAGCCCCAAAUGGUAUGAUCAUCCUGUACGAGAUCAACUACAAGCGACUGGGUGACUCUGAGGAGCUGCACUACUGCGUGUCGAGGAACAUGUACAAAACGAGCCACGGCUGCAGGCUGAAAGUGAUGCAUCCUGGGAAUUACACGGUGAGGAUCCGGGCCACCUCGCUGGCUGGAAACGGUUCGUGGACUGAGCCCACGUACUUCUACGUUGAGGACCCAAGCGAUCCUCUCUACGUUGUAAAGAUCAUCAUCGGGCCCAUCAUCUGCUUUGUCCUGGUGCUGUGUGUGGCCUUGGUGGGAUUCGUCAUGUUCAAGAAAAGUCAAACCCAAGGUCCCAGUGGCCCCAUCUAUGCCUCUUCAAACCCUGAGUAUCUCAGCGCUAAUGAAGUGUAUGAGGAGGACGAGUGGGAGGUACCUAGAGAGAUGAUCACCAUUUUGAGGGAACUGGGUCAGGGCUCCUUCGGCAUGGUCUAUGAGGGCAUUGCCAAGGACAUCGUGAAGGGCGAGGGUGAAACACGAGUAGCGGUGAAGACGGUGAACGAGUCGGCCAGCCUGAGGGAGAGAAUCGAGUUCCUGAAUGAGGCCUCCGUCAUGAAGGCCUUCAGCUGCCACCAUGUGGUGCGUCUGCUGGGUGUGGUGUCUAAGGGGCAGCCCACCCUGGUGGUGAUGGAGCUGAUGACCCACGGAGACCUGAAGAGCUUCCUGCGCUCUCUGCGACCUGACGCUGAGAAUAACCCUGGCCGUCCACCGCCCACUCUGAAGGAGAUGAUCCAGAAACUGCAUGGUAGCGCAUGAUCUUACGGUCAAAAUAGGAGAUUUCGGUAUGACCAGAGACAUCUAUGAGACCGACUACUACAGGAAGGGAGGGAAGGGUCUGCUGCCUGUCAGGUGGAUGGCACCUGAGUCUCUGAAGGACGGCGUCUUCACUACACAUUCAGACUGCUG